UCUCACUGCAGUCGAAUUCCAGAUUUGGAGCAGUCACCCGCCAUCAUGCCUUCUACGGGGAAAAGCGUAAAAACACUCAACGAGACUCAAUCCAGAUUUGACCCGAGCGAAGACUUCCCAGAUCUGUCGAAGCACAGUAACUGGAUGGCAAAAUGUCUGACGCCAGCUAUCUAUGCUAAGCUGAGAGAUAUUAGAACGCCGUCUGGAUUCACUAUUGACAAAGCCAUCCAAACCGGCGUUGACAAUCCAGGUCACCCCUACAUCUACACGGUUGGUUGUGUAGCAGGGGACGAGGAGGCAUUUGAUGUGUUCGCAGACUUGUUUGACCCGGUGAUUGAAAAGCGCCACAACGGUUACAUGAAAGAUGCCAAGCACAAGACCAACCUGAAUCAAGAUGAUCUUAAGGGAGGAGAUCUGGAUCCUGCUUAUGUUCUGAGUUCUCGCGUUCGCACUGGAAGGAGCAUUAGAGGUCUUUGCCUGCCUCCGCAUUGCAGCCGUGCUGAGCGGCGUGCUGUGGAGAAAAUCGUGACUGUUGCACUAGCUGGCAUGGAUGGAGAAUUUAAGGGGAAGUACUAUCCACUGGAUGGAAUGACACCAGAAGAACAAGACUUUCUCAUUGAUAAUCACUUCCUAUUUGACAAGCCUGUGUCUCCUCUACUCACCUGCUCUGGAAUGGCUAGAGACUGGCCAGAUGCCCGUGGCAUUUGGCACAAUGAAGACAAAACAUUUUUAGUGUGGGUGAAUGAGGAAGACCACAUGAGGCUGAUAUCCAUGGAGACUGGUGGAAAUAUGAAGAGAGUAUUUGCUCGCUUCUGUAAUGGUGCAAAGAAGGUUGAGGCAGCCCUGAAGAAGCAAGGCAAGGAGAUAAUGUGGAAUGAGCACCUUGGUUACGUUCUCACCUGUCCGAGUAACUUGGGUACUGGCCUACGAGCAGGUGUCCACGUUAAGCUGCCUAAGCUUAGCGAGGAUGAAAAGCGCCUUGAUGGAAUUCUGAAGAAGCUGAAGCUGCAGAAACGUGGAACUGGAGGUGUUGAUACAGCAUCAGUUGGAGGUACCUAUGACAUUUCCAACUCUGACCGGCUUGGCAGCUCUGAGGUGGAGCAAGUACAGUGUGUCGUUGAUGGAGUAAAACUUCUCGUCAGUAUGGAGAAAAAACUCGAGGCAGGGCAAUCGAUUGAGGCGCUGAUGCCGAAGUAAACUGGAUGAUUAUCUAUCGACUGCUUAUUUCGAUGGACUUAGGCAAUAUGUUAUGCACACCUCUCAUUAAUGCACAGUUGUUAAGGAAAGCCUAUGUUUGCAUAGGAGAAUUCACAAUGGGAAAGUGAGUGAGUGACAGAAAAAGAGAGAUAGAGAUAGAGAAAGACAGUUGAGCCAAAAUCUCGCCAUCUCCCACUAUUGGUAUGCUGCUAUAUUCAUGCACAUUGGCAAGGCUGUUUGCAGUUUGUGGGCGUUUUACGAUUCAAUUAUGGUUAUGAUAGCUGUUCGAUGCUUGUGAAUUUAUCAGCCUCUACAUGUAUAUUUAAAAUUUAUUAAAGCACUUCUCUUCCUCCAAAGUAAA